UGAAGGUCCGACCGUUUCGGCGAGCCUCGUUGCGGGAUGGUAAGGAUCAUAAGCUGUCGGCUAAGUUUUAUGGGCCUUUCGAAAUUCUUGCUCGGGUUGGGAGCAGAGCAUACAAGCUGCGCCUUCCGGAAGGCAGCAAGGUACAUCCGGUGUUUCAUAUCUCUCAACUAAAGAAGGUGGUGGGAAAUCAUGAAGUUACAACUGAAUUUCCGGAAUCUAUAGAACUGCCGGUCUUGCCAAUGCUCGAGCCAGAACAAAUCUUGGCAUUGCGGGUGAUUCCAAUGGGGGAACGUGAAGUUGAGCAACUAUUGGUGAAAUGGAAAGGUGAGGGUGAAGAUGGGGCUACGUGGAUCGACUUGCAACAUUUUAUGGGGCAAUUUCCAGAUUUUGACCUUGAGGACAAGGUCGAUUCUAAGGGGGAUGGAAUUGAUAUGAAGCGAAAGGGUGACAACCAGGGAAAGCCCUUGAUAGUGUAUCAAAGGAGGAAGAAGCGUGAGGAUCGGGAUUGAGUCUACAUUCGUGGGCUGUGUAAUUAGUAUAAAUAUUGUAAAUAGUGUGUAUUUUGUAAAUAGGAGUGUGUAUCUUGUAAAUAGAAUAAGGGGCGGUUAUGAUGCGCCUGUUGGGGGGGGGGGAAGUCGGUUAUUAUGAUUAUUUCCCUAUUAAUAGUUUAGGAGAUUAUGAUUGAAAGGGAUAUAGAUUGUAUCAAGGGAAAGCCUGGGGCUUGGGCGGCACUGCCGAUUGAAUAAAGAAUUUCUACAAUUGUUUUCCUUUCAAUUCUGUUCCUAACACCUUUCCACCCACCACCACUAGUUUUAUCGUAGGUUUCUUUCUUAACUUGUGUUUGAGUUUUUCAAAGAAAAUGGUGCACCCAACUCUAGACAUCACGGUUCAAUACGCCCAGGAUUUGAACAAGGUCAGUUUAAUUUCCAAAAUGGACGUGUACGUCGUCGUUUCCAUCUCUGGCGGAGAUGCAAACCCCAAGCAAAAGACUACAACACCCAUCAACCACGGCGGCGGCACCAACCCCACCUGGUCUUUUCCGAUGAACUUCGCGGUGGAGGAGGCCGCGCUCAUGCAAAACCGCCUCAUGCUAGACUUCGACAUAAAGUGCGACAAGGCCUUAGGCGACAGAGUCAUCGGCGGAGUCCACGUCCCCGUUAAGGAGCUUCUUGAUAUUCCGGCCAAGGGCUGCGCCGCCAAGAAUUUCGUCACCUACCAAGUCAAAAAGCCCGAUGGAAGGCCCAAAGGGAAACUCACCUUCUCCUACCAUUUCCGACCAACCACCGCCUCGCCGCCGCCGCCGGAUUCCACGAUUGCGUACCCUGUGGUGGAGCCCGUUAAGCCAUAUGAGCUGAUGAUGGCGACGGGAGGCUAUUCGCCUUCUCCGCCAUAUUUGCCGGCGGCGUUGGGAGUUUAUCCGCAGCCGGAGGUAUGCGGAGGACUAAAUCCACCACCGCCGCCGCCGCCGUCAUCGGACCUGCCAGCUUGUGGUAUGAUCAAACCGGAAGUCUAUCCGUGUUUAACGCCGCAGGGGCAUUUUGGUCAUUCGCCGCCGAUGAUGCAGCUAGCUCCGGAUUGGUGGAUUGCUGAUUGUAGAUAUGAAACGCGAUGCACCGGAUUUUGAUUCAAAUUAUUUUAUUUUUUGUUUUUUACUUUCAUCCACAUUAUUUUACUAGUGUUCAAUAAAAUUGUGAUUGUGCUACUACUUUUUUCAUUGUAUGGAUCGAGCAAGG